UUAACGGAAGUAGUGUAGCUUGAGAGAGUCUCUCGGGAGGCUGGAUUAGCCACAAGUUGUGGUGAACGAGGGUAAAAUCGGUGUGCCUCUUACUCUUCUCUUUACUUCUCAUUUAUUCAUUUUUUAUUCCUGCUAUUUCUUGAUCAAACGCUAUUCACCCCCCUCUAGCGUUGGUCUAUUAUUCUAACAAUUGGUAUCGGAGCCUAACUCGCGUCCAAACUUAACCGUUUGAGAGUAAAGCGAUCAUGGGUUCUUCUUCUAGAAAUCUUUAUGCAGGAAUUGGAGAAGGUCAAUCAACUUCUAGGCCACCACUCUUUGAUGGCACCAACUACUCAUAUUGGAAGGAACGGAUGAGAAUCUAUAUCCGUUCCACCAACUUCCAAUUGUGGUUGGUGAUCAAAAAUGGCGAGGAAAUCCCUGUGAAGAAAGUGGGAGAAACCACGGUCCCAAAGACCGAGGACGAAUUUGAUGCCGAGGACAUCAAGAAGAUUGAGAAUUAUGCAAAGGCCAUCAAUAUGCUAUAUUGUCCGGUCAACCCCGAUGACUACCGAAAGAUCUCCUGCUGCACAACCGCCAAGGAGAUGUGGGAUAAACUUGAGGUGACGUACGAAGGAACGGACCAAGUACGUGAAGCCAAGAUCGACUUCCUCACCCAAGAGUAUGAGAUGUUUAGAAUGAAGGAGCACGAAAAUAUCGACGACAUGUUCGACCGAUUCUCCAAGAUAGUCAACGAUCUUCAUGCAUUGAAGAAGACUUACACCGACAGGGAUCUUGUGCGAAAGGUCCUACGGAGCCUGACAUCUGAAUGGCGAUCCAAGGCUGAUGCCAUCUAUGAGUCAAUCGGCACAUCAAAUGUCACCAUCGACGGUCUAAGAGGUAAUCUAAAAACUUAUGAAUCUACUAUUCUUAACCCGUCGUGGAAUGACCAAAAGAAAGGGAUAGCAUUAAAAGCCGUCAAAGAAUCAACGAUGAAUGAUUCAAGCGACGAUGAUGAAGUCAAGCUUGUCAUGAAGAAGUUUUGCAAACUUCUAAGGAAGAAAGAAAAGGUUGAGGAUGGCCCUGUGUGCUAUGGAUGUGGUGAAGCCGGACACAUCAAGAACAACUGCCCGAGAAGCGGAAGGAAUGCUCGUGAAUUCAAAAGGCAAAGGGCAUAUAUCUCUUGGGGUGGCGACUCCGGCGACGAGUCAACCGACCAAGAUGAGGAUGAAACUGCCAACCUCUGUCUCAUGGCGCACGGAGACCAAACCGACGAUGUACAAGAGAUGGCAUCAAACAACACGAACAGUCAUUCCAUCAACCUGCGCUAUAUCCUCGAGAGUCAAAAACUCUCGGGGGAAAACUUUAUUCGCUGGGAGUUAAAUCUCCGAAUCGUUCUUGAACUGGAGAGGAAGCUCUAUAUCCUUGAUAAAGAGCCUCUAAAUGCACCCGCGGCGAACGCACGCGCUGCCGAACUCGUUUCUUACCAGAAGUACGAGGACAAAGAGCGUGACGUGAAGUGCAUCAUCCUGGCCAGCAUGAUCCCGGAGCUCCAAAGGCUCCACAAGGACAUGGAAGCGCGCACCAUGAUGCAGCGCUUGAGAGACCUUUACCAAGGUCAGGCUAGGCAUGAACGCUUCAAGAUCUCUAAGACUCUGUUUUCCAGCAAGCUGGCAUCGGGAUCUCCAGUUGGCCCGUUCGUUCUCAAGCUAAUCGGCAUGAUUGAAAUGCUUGAAAAACAGGAGGCCCCUUUGCACCCACUGCUAGCAACUGAUCUCAUUUUGGGAGCAUUGCCAGCAGAGUAUGGUCAAACUGUCGUGAAUUUCUAUAUGAACAAACUCGACAUGACCUUGGCUGAGCUGUUGAAAUUCCUCACCACCGCUGAGGAGAGUCUUGGGAGAGGAAAGGCAAAGCCCGUCCUGAUGGUGGAGGACGGUGCACUGGCAAAAAGAGGUGGGUCACGUCCGCCGGCCGGAAAAAGGGCAAGGGGUCCAAGAACCCCAAGCCUAGUUCCAGCCUCUCUGCGCAGAAGCCUAAAGCGGGAGCCCAGAAGAAGAAGAAAGUCGCUGCUGUCUGUUACCAUUGUGGCAAGAAAGGCCACUGGAGGCGCAACUGCGCAAAGCUUAUGGCAGAGAGGAAAGCGGGCAAACAGCCCAUCACCUCAGGAUCUGCAUGAGGUGAGACAGUUUACAGAGGGAGAGGUUCAACUUAAAGUCGGCAAUGGAGCAGUUGUCAAUGCGUUGGCCGUUGGAACCUAUAAUUUACCUCUUCCUAGUGGUCUUAUGUUGCAAUUGAACAAUGUUUUGUUUGUGCCUGCAAUUAGCAGGAAUAUUAUUUCUGUCUCCUGCCUUGACAAAGCAGGAUAUUCCAUUGUUGUAAAAGACAAAUGUUUGAAUGUUUUCAGAAAUGAUAUGUUUUAUGCAACUGCUCGAAUGACCAAUGGGCUAUAUGUCUUAGACUUAGACGCCCCUGUAUAUAACAGAGAUGUUAAGAGAAACAAGCCUAACGGUUUGAAUCUCACAUACCUCUGGCAUUGUCGUUUAGGCCACAUUAACGAGAAACGCAUAUCAGAGUUACGUGACUCUGGCGUGCUUGAUUCAUUCGACCUUGAGUCUUAUGGUGUAUGCCAAUCUUGUUUACUCGCAGCACAGACACUCAAUCAUUCACCAUCUAAGGCUGUUGAGAACACACCAUACGAGCUAUGGCGUGGGACAAAACCGAAUUUGUCAUACUUGAGGAUUUGGGGUUGUGAUGUUUACGUUAGACGCCUCAUGACGUCUGGUAAGCUAGAUUCCAAAUCUGACAGGUGUAAAUUUGUGGGAUACCCUAAGGAAACGAAAGGGUAUGAGUUCUAUCAUCCGACCGAUAACAAAAUCUUUGUUGCUCGGAACGGAACCUUCCUUGAGAAGGAGUUUCUCUCUGCUAUUUCUAGUGGGAGAAAGGUAGACCUUGAAGAAAUUCGAGAACCACAAGAAGAGAUCUCAAUAGCAGUGGAACUCGAGCGUCAAGAUUUAGUAUCUCGACCGGCUCAGGUUUUACCACGUAGGUCAGACCGGAUGCGUAAUCCUCUGACUUGGUUGAGCGAGAACUUCGCCAUGAAGGACUUGGGGAAUGCUAGUUAUGCCCUUGGCAUAAGAAUCUACCGUGAUAGGUCAAGAAAGUUGAUAGGUCUAUGUCAAAGUACAUAUAUAGAUAAGACUUGGUUGAGCGAGAACUUCGCCAUGAAGGACUUGGGGAAUGCUAGUUAUGCCCUUGGCAUAAGAAUCUACCGUGAUAGCAUUAAUGACCCAAUCCCGUUAUUUUGCGACAACACUGGGGCCAUUGCACAGGCAAAGGAACCACGAUCUCACCAAAAGACCAAGCACAUUGUACGACGUUAUCACAUCAUACGAGAAAUCGUAGACAGAGGUGAUGUGGAGAUUUGCAAAGUAGGAACAGACGACAACAUAGCCGACCCCCUGACCAAGCCCUUGGGAAAGCUAAAGCAUGAGGGUCACACUAGGUCAAUGGGCAUUCGACCGAUGCCAGAUUGGCCAUAGUGCAAGUGGGAGAUUGUUGGAGUUGGUGCCCUUAUGGCCAACUGCUGUUGUAAUAUCUUAGAUAUUUUCUGUCAUGUAGAGGCAGAUGCAUUAAGUUUACAAACAUCUCAGGCUAAUGUAAACUCUUAAUUGCAUUCCUAGAAUUAUAUUAUAAGAUGUUUAUCAGAAUGAGUCUUCUGAUGUUGAGACUGACAUCUUGUCACUUAGUAUAAUUCUGAACGGUCUAUAGUCGAAGCAUUAACGAGAGUGGGAUAUUGUUAGUGCGCGUGAGACUAGUGAGAGUAAGAUGUUUGACCUAGUCUCUUGGUCAAUGAUGGAGUGUUCGCAUCUACUCUCGGGCAUAUAUUAUCGUUAAUAAUAGGAUGCCAGACCU